AUGGCCCCGAUUGCAUUGACAGAUAGUCUUGUCGACAAGGCCAGCCUAGCAAGGGGGAAAGGCGCCACGACGGUGACGACGGCAUCAAUAGAAGUUCCCUCCGCAGCGGUCCUACUCAACAAUGCUCUGGCAGCUGCUCGAGCCCGUUUCGAGCGUGCGAAUCCUAAUUCGAGGAAGCAACACGAAAUCGCAGUCAAGAGUCUACCAGGAGGCAAUACUCGGUCACUCCUUCAUACAUCACCCUUCCCGUUGAGCAUGAAAUGUGGCCAGGGCCCGUAUGUAUUGGAUGAAGAUGGCCACAGGUAUCUCGACUUUGUUGGGGAGCUGACGGCUGGCAUAUAUGGGCACUCCCACCCGGUAAUUCGAGAAGCUAUCGUGUCCACAUUUGACACGGUCGGACUGAACCUUGGAGCAACUACGAUUCAAGAGGAACGUCACGCGUCGCUGAUCCGAGAGCGCUUCAAUGUUGAAUGCGUCCGGUUCACAAACUCCGGCACAGAGGCCACAAUGCAUGCUCUAGGAGCUGCCAGGCGGUUCACCGGCAGAAGAAAGGUCGUCGUCUUCACAGGAGGAUACCAUGGAGCAGUCUUCUCAUUUGGAUCCGGGAUCGCGCCAAACAAUGUCGAUCUAGAUGAUUGGGUUUUGGCCAAGUACAACGACAUAAAGUCCACCCGUGUCGCUAUCGAGGGGACGCCGGAUAUCGCAGCAGUCCUGGUAGAGGGAAUGCAAGGAGCCGGAGGAUGUAUUCCUGCCACCAAGGAUUUUAUGCUUGCUGUUCAGGAGUCCGCGAAAAAGGCCGGAGCGAUCUUUAUCCUCGACGAAGUCAUGACCUCUAGACUGGCGCCUGGCGGGCUUCAAAGUCUGCUUGGCCUGAAACCUGACAUGACAACCUUCGGCAAGUAUCUCGGCGGCGGCUUCGCUUUUGGCGCAUUUUCGGGACGUGCAGACAUCAUGUCUGUCUAUGACCCUCGGAAUAGGGACGCUCUGGCACAUUCGGGUACUUUCAACAACAAUACAAUGGCCAUGUACGCCGGAUAUGCAGGGUUGGCCAAGGUUUUGACACCCGAAGUCAAUAUCGCGUUCAAUUCUUUGGGAGACGCGUUCCGUGAGAAGCUCAGAAAAGUCACCAAAGGGACCAAAUGCGCAUUCACCGGCCGAGGAGCAAUCUUAGCUGCGCAUUUCACCGACCAGGGACUUCAGGACAUCAGUAGCGUGGAGGAUGUGACUGAGGAUUGGGACUUGAAGGACCUGUUCUGGUUUGAGAUGCUGGAAGACGGGUUCUGGAUCACGAGGAGAGGCUCUAUUGCCCUUAUUAUGGGCACCUCCCCAGAAGAUUUGGCCAGGUUCGUUGGCUGUGUGGAAAGGUUUCUGGAAAGGCACCGAUCCAUCGUAUCAUUGUCGGCUUAG